AUGCUAUGGCCGAUGGCACAGUGUGCACUGUCGACGAUCCUUGCAAUGAGUCCAAUUCUGCUUCAACCGUCCUACAUUUCAUUUGUCUUUUCAAAUACGAUCUUCUUCGUGGUCGUUUUCUCAGCAUUUCACGGUACGAUCGUGCUACCCGUUACUCUUAUAGCGUUGAAUAUCGGUGGUACGUAUGAAGCAAAGCGACGACACUCCAACGUUUUAUCAUCAUUUGGCAGCCGCGUUACAAUCGUGCCGAUCACAUCGCUCACAUCUCUUGAUACCUUCAAAACUAAACUUGAUGCUUACUGA